AUGGUGAGACUGAACAUUGAAGAGUUGAAGCAGCCGCAGAAGAAGGGAUUCUUCGGAUCCAUUGGGCUUCCCGAGCCCGUGCGGCGAGUGGCAAACACCUGGAGUAAUGGACUGUAUGCGGCCUCGAUGUACGCCCAGCAGGGCCUUGGCUACGUGAGCUCCUUCGCGUGGAUCUUCGCCACGGCUGCCGUCGUCAUCUACCUCCCCCUUCUCCGAGCCAUGGACAGUGAUCGCGAAACCAUCAGGGCUAUUAGGGCUGAGAUGGUGCAGAAGACUGCGGGCAUGGUGCCUGGAGCUGCCCCUAGGGGUCCCGAUCUCGGCAAUCUGGACAUUUCAGGACUCGAUUUCAAGAUUCAACUGUAA